CCGGGUCCUUCCGCUAGUGUGUGAAUGACAUCAUUUCUGUGAGAAGUGCGCUGGGAUACAAACAAGGGAGGCUCGCUAGCCCGCUAAUGCAAGUAGGUCAAUCCAUGUGCUGAGAUAUGAAAUCAAGGAUUUAAAAAUCUGAGGAGGAAAGCAGUGGUUGGAAUUACAUUUGUGAUGAGACGUUUAAAAUUACGCUUGCACUCUUCGCUGUCCAGGGUCCUGUCUUACGAGCGCAAGCCUGUCGACCAGCCUCACUUUUCCACCACCCUCACGUUAGGCUGCUUUUAAGGAAGGAAUCAUGGAGUUACGUGUUGGGAGUAAAUACCGCCUUGGGCGAAAGAUUGGAAGUGGCUCCUUUGGUGACAUUUACUUGGGUGCAAACAUCACGUCAGGAGAGGAGGUAGCCAUUAAACUGGAGAGCGUGAAGACUAAACAUCCACAGUUACAUAUUGAGAGCAAGUUCUAUAAGAUGAUGCAAGGUGGAGUGGGUAUUCCCUCGAUCAAAUGGUGUGGUGCUGAAGGGGACUACAAUGUCAUGGUGAUGGAGCUCCUGGGUCCAAGCUUGGAAGAUCUGUUCAACUUCUGCUCAAGGAAAUUCACACUUAAAACAGUCCUGCUCCUGGCAGACCAGAUGAUCAGCAGAAUCGAGUACAUUCACUCCAAGAACUUCAUUCACAGAGACAUUAAACCUGAUAAUUUCCUGAUGGGGCUUGGCAAGAAGGGAAACCUGGUCUACAUCAUAGACUUCGGCUUGGCCAAAAAGUAUCGUGACGCCCGCACACAUCAGCACAUCCCGUAUCGUGAGAACAAGAACUUGACUGGCACUGCCCGCUAUGCCUCCAUUAACACUCAUUUGGGCAUUGAGCAAUCUCGACGGGAUGAUCUGGAGUCCCUUGGCUAUGUGCUCAUGUACUUUAACUUGGGUUCUCUGCCCUGGCAAGGCCUCAAAGCCGCCACUAAAAGACAAAAGUAUGAGCGAAUCAGUGAGAAAAAGAUGUCAACCCCCAUUGAGGUUCUUUGCAAGGGCUAUCCAUCUGAAUUUUCGACCUACAUGAACUUCUGCCGCUCUCUCCGGUUUGAUGACAAACCCGACUACUCGUACCUGAGACAGCUGUUCAGGAAUCUUUUCCACAGACAGGGAUUUUCAUACGACUAUGUGUUUGACUGGAACAUGCUGAAAUUUGGCUCCAGCAGGACAGCUGAAGAUAAAGAGAAGGAGCAGAGGGGAGAGGGAGAGGAGAGGGAUGAGAGGACCGGAGGCGGACCGCCGGGUUCUGCGGCUCGUGCUUUGCCCUCUGGCCCCAACCUCCCAGCUCCUAACAGGGUCCGCAACGGCCCAGACCCCGCCAGCUCAACCCCUGCCUCCCGUGUGCCACAGUCUGGGAACGCAUCUCCAAGAGCAGGCCGAGGAGCUGAGCGGGAAAGGAGAGUGUGUUUAAGGCUGCACCGUGGCGCUCCUGCCAACGCCUCCCCUGACCUCCCUCUCCGUCACGAUCAGAUUCGCAUCACCCCCCCACAGGUCAGCGUUCCAUUCGAACACUCGGGGAAAUGAGCUCUGCAAGGUCUGUCAUUUACUGUCUUUAGGAGAAGCAAGAAGAAGAAAGAAAGGAACCUCAUUUUUGUAAUGGACAAAGUGCUCCCCCGUCCUCACGCACUGCAGGUUGUUGCUGUUGGAAUGAGACAUCGAUGAUACAAACGCAUGUGGACAGUGGAUAGAUAUAGUUUUACAAGGAUUACAAGACUCAAACAGUGGAAGUGGAAAAGAGAAUUUUGACCUGCGUCCCGAUGAAGGCUCUGGUUGUUCUCUGUUUUGUCUGAAAUGCCGGGAAUAAAGGACUCGCCUGAUGGACUGUAAAGUUAUCAAAUUGAAUAUUGACAGAGUGUAACAAAUGUAUCGCUUGCAGAAAAAAGUGUUGUAUGUUGACACCUUACUGACGUAUGAGGUUUCGUGGAACCAUCUUUUCCAUGUUAAUUAUUAAAUACGCAAAAGUUACAAAUUUCCAAGAAUGUUGUUUCCUGUCAAACUGGUGUCUGAACUGUAGACAUCACUGAAUGGGUGUCUCAGGAUUGUACAUUGAACAGAUGACAGUUGAAUUGUUGAAGAUAUUGAUUUAAAUAUGGGCUGUGGUGAACUAACCUAAAGACCAAUUUAAACAUUAUUAAAAGCCUGAAUUCCACUCUUACAAUUAUACAGCUGAACAAUGUGGUGUAAUUUGAUAUGAAGACUCCUGCAUUGACAUUAGCCAUGAAAACCUCAUUUAUAAAUAAACACACAUAAGCUAUGGAACCUUGUGAACUUAUUUCACUUCUUUAAAAAAGCUUGUGUAAAAAGUAACGAGAGCUGCUUAAUUGAGGUUUACCUCUUUUAUUAAUGGAUUAUUAAAACUGCAUUGAUUGUCUUGUAAAACAACAUGUAAACAAAAUACAUGUAAAUAUUAAAGAAAAGUGGUAUGUAACACUUUGUAUGUAUGUAAAUGUGUGAAAAGUGGGGAAACAGACACAUUCUGAAGAAGUAACUGAAUUGAUUCACAUUAUAAAACUAUAUCUCAGUGUUAAUGCACUAAAUCAAAGUAUGAAUCAAAGUUAAAGUAAAACGAAAACAUACAUAUGCAUGUUUUAUUCAAGGCAUAAUGUACAUGAGCUCAUUCAUUUGGGAAUACAUUUGGAUUAAAUGAUUAAGUACUAUUUAUUAAGCAAAAGAAAGUAUUUAUUUUAAUUUUUAUCUGUAAAAUUCUAGCAAACAAUGUUGUGCAUUACAUAAUUAUUUAUUUUCUUUCCAUUUAUUGACCAGAACAAAAUGUACAACAGUAUACAAAAAAGUAUAUAAAAACAUGCCAGAUUGUAUAAAAAUUGAUUAUUCAAAAACUGUUUAUUUGUGAAAAAUAUUAAAAGUCUUCUUUGCUUUUUUUUUUUUUAUUAACAGUGUUCUCCAACCUGGUGCAGUAGUCCUUUGUUUCAUGAAGAAAAUGAAUUAAAUUUACCUUGGAUCCUGA